UGGUGGAAUACCUACAAUAUAAUCAUGUCUGGAAGAGGCGCAGGCAAGCAAGGCGGAAAAGCCAGAGCCAAGGCAAGGACCCGAUCCUCCCGUGCCGGGCUUCAGUUCCCGGUCGGUCGUGUCCACAGGCUGCUCCGCAAGGGCAACUAUGCUGAACGUGUGGGAGCCGGAGCCCCCGUCUACCUGGCGGCUGUGCUCGAGUACCUGACCGCUGAGAUCCUUGAGCUGGCUGGCAAUGCUGCCCGGGACAACAAGAAGACCAGGAUCAUCCCCCGUCACCUGCAGCUGGCUGUCCGCAAUGACGAAGAGCUCAACAAGUUGCUGGGAGGAGUCACCAUCGCUCAGGGCGGCGUGCUGCCCAACAUCCAGUCUGUUCUGCUGCCCAAGAAGACCGAGAAGCAAGCCAAGAAGUAGACCACACCCGCUACUAACAACCCAACGGCUCUUUUAAGAGCCACCCACAUGCAUCAAAGAGCUUUCCCCUUACUAUUCUCAACAUAAUCUUUUAUUCGUCAGCAUUUUGACUUUGGGGGAGUUCAAAGUUGAGACCCGACACCAGAACACUCAGAAAAUUAUGCACUAAAAAUUUUCUCAAAGGCCUGUUCCGGUCCGGUUACAUCUGAAUUAUUAAUACUCAAUCCUCAUUCAUAACUUGUUUAGUAAUGCCCCCUAUCAGUGGAUCGGUGGAGGUGAUGAAAUUAUUUAGAUAUAACAUUUGGGUUGUUUCAGUCUAUCUACAUAAAGG